AUGGAAUAUAUAGAAAUAACCCUGAUAAUCAUAAUAUUAAUAAUCAUCCCCUCCUCCUUAAUCCUGUUUUGGUACUUAAAUGAAGGCAACAAAAAUGGAUUCCCAACAAACUGGCCAAUUGUUGGAAUGUUACCAGCACUUGUGAAAAAUCUGGAUAGAUUUCACUUAGCAUGCAUUGAAAUACUUGAAAAAUCAAAUCUUACAUUUGAAUUUAUGGGUCCAUGGUUUUCUAACGUCAACUUUUUAUGUACACUUCAUCCUGCCAAUGUUCAUUAUGUAAUGAAUGAAAACUUCUCAAAUUAUCCGAAAGGUAACAAAUUUCGGGAUAUCUUUGAUUUUCUUGGUGAUGGCAUUUUUAAUGCUGAUUUUCAGCUUUGGGAAUAUCAUCGUCGAAUCAUUCUUUUUUUUAUUCGACAUCAAAAUUUCCAUCGUUUUCUUGUGAAUAAGACUUGGGAUAAGUUGCAAAAUGGACUUAUUCCUGUCUUUGAUCAUGCUGCUAAACAUGCUAUCCAUAUCGACUUGCAAAAUUUGUUUGCCAGGUUUGUGUUUGAUGCUGGAUGUACCAUAUUUAUGGACUAUGAUCCAAUGACUUUAUCAACUGAUUUUCCUAAAACUCCGGUGACCGACUCGUUAAACGACAUCUCCAGUGUAAUCUUCCGUCGACAUGCAUUGCCUUCCAUGAUUUGGAAAUUCCAAAGAUGGGUUAAUAUAGGAGAAGAAAGAAAGUACAAGAAAGCUUUGAAAACCCUAGAUGAUUUUAUUUACAAAUGUAUUGCUUUCAAGAAAAAAGAAAUAACCAAAAAAGAUAAAAAUAAUAAUAAUAAGGUAAGUCUUGAUCUUUUAGCAUUAUAUAUGAAAGAAGAAAAAGGAGAUAAAUUUGUUAGGGAUGCAGUUUUAACAAUUUUCUUAGCAGGACAAGAUGGUAUUCUUAUAACAUUAACUUGGUUUUUUUACCUUCUUUCUAUUAACCCACAAGUAAAAAGUAAAAUCAAGAAGGAAUUACAUAAUGCAAAGCCAAUAAAUUGGGAAAAUUCCCAAGAAUUAAAUUCUAAACUUGUUUAUCUUCAUGCUUCAUUUUGUGAAGCUUUAAGAUUAUAUGCACCAAUUGCUUUUCAAGCAAAGGUGCCUAUUAAGCCAGAUAUACUCCCUAGUGGUCACCAUGUGAAUCCGAAUAUGCAAAUAAUAAUUGAUGUCUACGCGAUGGGAAGGAUGAAAUCGAUCUGGGGAGACGAUUGUAAUGAGUUUAAGCCCGAGAGAUGGAUAACUGAACAAGGGAAGAUUAAAUACGAGGCAUCGCACAAGUUUUUUGUGUUCAACGCAGGGCCGAGGACCUGCGUUGGUAGAGAGAUGGCGUUUACACAGAUGAAGCUUGUUGCAGCGACUAUAAUACAGAAUUAUGAGAUUGCACCAGUUGAAGGACAUAAUGUUGUUCCUGAUAUGUGUAAUAUAUUCUUUAGGGCUAAGUAUGGCUUUAAGGUUAGGAUAUUUAGGUCUUCUGAAUAA